AUGUAUGGUGAUACAGAAAUUAAAGACGAUAACCUGGAACUAUCACAACUCAGAGACCUGCUAGAAGCAGCGCAAGUAUUCCAAAUUGAGGAUUUCCGAAAAUCGAUCCUAAAAGCCGCUGUCAAACUAGUGGCAUCCAAACAUGGAGCUCAUUUAUCACCAAGGAUCCAUGAGAGUUACUGGGAUGAAGCCGAAAGAUUGUGUGGCAUGGCAGAAGUGAAAGACUGGAAUAUCCUUAGAGGAAUUGCUGAUAAACUUCCCACGGCUUCUAUUCGCCCGAACCAAGCGUGGUUAUUGAGACUCGCACGCGAAUCUGAUGCCGGAUUACUUGCUGCCCUUUUGCUUGAAAGGUGUAUAAACAUUGCAAACAAAAAUAUUUGUAGUCCCUGCCAGAACGACUACGAGGAUGGAAUCCUAGUGACUGAGUACCCUAUCGAGGAUCCUAGUGCACAUGGUGUAUGUGAAUAUUGCGGUGAUAUGGCUACGCAAUCGGGGUGGAUUCAAGAGAAACAUAUACGAGAGAUUGUUGAAGGGCAUCGAUAA